AACACUCAUGUUGCCAUGGACCGUUUUCCCUGAGACAGACGGUGGAUCAAGAUGGCGGCAUUCAGCGCUGAACGGUGGCUGAAUGACUUACCAAACCAUAUCAUUUUCAAAAAAAUACGAGAGAAGUUGGAUUUGGGGCCCAUCGCAAAUGAAAGGGGGGUCGCUAAAAACCUCACCUUUUGUUUAGGUGGGGACUUUUUCGUGUGGGCUGACGCAGACCGCGUGUUUUACACGACCAACUUGCGACAGCUAAACUCGGAUGAGAGUCGCAGUAGCGGGAACUAUCAAGCCUUGCUGUGCAUUAACCCUCCUCUCUUCGAAGUGUGCCAGGUGCUGCUAAGUCCAACGCAGCAUCACGUCGCGCUCGUCGGGAAGCGGGGCGUCUCGGUGCUGGAGCUUCCUCAACGGUGGGGCAAAAGGUCCGAGUUCGAGGGUGGAAGGAGCGAAAUCAACUGCAAGACCGUCCCGGUGGCAGAGCGCUUCUUCACCAGCUCACCGUCAGUGAAUCUGCGGCAGGCGGCUUGGUACCCCAGCGAGACCGACGAGCCCCACUUGGUGCUGCUCACAUCCGACAACACCAUCAGGUUUUACGGCUUGAAGUCGCCCCAAACGCUGGCCAAAGUCCUGCCAGUGUCGCAGUCGGGAGAUGACAGCGGCGUCCAUCAUCCGGUCCGUUCCUAUGCAGCAUCUCUAGGCGAGAUAGCAGUGGCGUUUGACUUCGGGCCGAUUUCGUCCCCCCCUCGGAAGCUGGCAGCACAGUGCUCCAAAGAACAGCUGGUCUACCCUCUGUACAUCCUCUACGAAAAUGGGGAGACAUACGUGAGCUACACGAGCCAGUCAAACGGUGUAAGUCUAAGUAAACCCGUUGGACCCCUCCCGAUGUAUCCUGCAGCAGAAGAUAACUAUGGCUAUGAUGCUUGUUCCAUUCUCUGCCUGCCGUGUGUGCCCAGUAUCCUGGUCAUCGCCACUGAAACAGGCACGCUGUAUCACUGUGUGGUGCUGGAGUCUGAAGAAGAGGAAGAGACAGGGGCAGUGGAAAAGUGGAUCCAAGGCACAGAGGCAGUGCCGGCUCUCUAUGUAUUUGAGUGUGUUGAGCUAGAGCUUACCCUUAAAGUAGCCACAGGAGAGGAUGAGGAGCCUCAAGAGUUUGAUUUCACCUGCCCAAUCAGACUGCACAAAGACCCUCUGUGUCAGCACAGGUAUCAUUGCACCCAUGAAGCAGGAGUGCACAGUGUGGGGCUAAUCUGGGGCAACAAGCUGCAAAAGUUCCUCCAGUCAGAUGAGGAGGAUAAGGACAGUAUCCAGGAGCUGGCUGCCGAGAAGCGCUGUAUUGUAGAGCACAUUCUUUGUACCAGACCACUCCUAACCAGUCAGUCAGCUCCGGUUCGUGGCUUUUUGAUUGUGUCUGACCUGUCCUUGGGCGCCACCAUGAUCUGCAUCACCAGCACCUACGAGUGCAUCCUGUUGCCCCUGCUGAGCUCCAUUCGCCCUCCCUCUCCUCCCCUGCUUUGUUCCCACCCAGGUCCAGGCCAUGGUAGCUCCCCUCUGCGUGGGCUGGCUGACGACUCCUUCGAGCAGCACAUCCGCAACAUCCUGGCACGUAGCUCUACCAAUCCUCUCGUACUUAAGGCUGGGGACAAGGACAUGUCACCACCACCUCCAGAGUGUCUGCAGCUCCUUAGCAGAGCCACACAGGUCUUCCGUGAGGAGUACAUUCUCAAGCAGGACAUGGCCCGUGAAGAGAUGCAGAGAAGGGUGAAACUCCUGACAGGUCAGAAGAACAAGCAGCUGGAAGAGUUGGCUUUGUGCAGGGAGGAGAGGAUGAGUCUGAGAGAGGCAGCAGAGAAGUUGGCUGAUAAGUACGAAGAUGCAAAGUAUCGCCAGGAAAUCAUAAUGAACAGGGUUAAAAAAGUGCUGGGCAGCCUGCAAAGCCAACUACCCAUACUGUCAAACAGUGAAAAGGAUAUGAAGAAGGAGCUGCAGACCAUCAGCGAUCAACUGAAACACCUGGACAACUGCAUCAAACAGGUGAACAUGAAGAUGGAGUACCAGAAGACUCAAGUGGACAAGGAUGUGCCUGCAGCCAGGACAACAGUCUCACUCAAUGCCCACCAGAAGAAGGUUGUUCAGGAUGUCCUCAGAGAGCAGGGACAGCAAAUCGGUGACAUGAUGAAACAGAUCAAAGACAUCAAAAACCAUUUCAGUUUCUAACCACUGCAGAAAUCACUAAACAUGUAUUGCAAACUAUUGGGGAAAGUAAAUGCUCUUUUGAAUACAGUGAUUAAAUUGGCCUUUUGUGACAUUUGAUGAGAAGCCAGAAUGAGUGCUUCUGUCAUAAGUUAAUGUGCCUAGUGUGGAAUGGGUAUUUGAAUUGAAAUAUAUUUUAUAUACACUGAUAUAACUGUACCUUUGAUACAUGUUGAUACGAUAGGUUUGCCUUCAUGUCUUGCAUAACAUUUUGCAUAUUUUUUACAUAAGUGUUUCUAAACGUUAAGGGUUUGAGUCGGUGACUUAGUCAGAGCAGAAUAUGCUGAUGUUUUGAGCAUAUAUUAAGGAUAUAUAUUUUCAACAUGGUUUGCUCGCUUUCUGGAUUAAUAAUAAAAUUUAAAGUUCUCUG